AUGGCUUUUCGUAGAAAACUUAAUGUGUUGAGUGAAGAUGAGAUAAUUACUGAACUAUUUGAUGAUAAUUUGCCAGAUCUUCCAAGUGAAAGUGAAGAUUCUGAUGUGUUUGUGGAUCAUUCUGACAGUAACUCUAGCUACAGUGACGUUGUUAGACCUACAAAGAUGCGUAAACUUAUUGUGCUCUCAACUGAUUUUGAAUCAGAAAGUGAUGACGAUUCUACAAAUGUUCCUGUUAAUCCAAGGGUCACUAACUUCAUCCGAAUUGCAAUGCUUGCUACUCUAAACAGUAGCGUAGCCAUAAACCUUGAGAAAAAUAAUGUUAAUGUGUCCAUUCUACAACAAGCUGCAGUCGAAAUUUACGAUGUCCCAGUGGGAAUUAUCAGUUUGUUAUCUGUUUGCUAUGGUGCUGUGUCUCUGUUGGCGGUUGUGGGCAACUUUUGUGUGUUGUGGAUAGUAGCUACUAGCCUCCGCAUGCAGACAGUUACUAACUUUUUCAUUGCGAAUUUGGCUUGUGCGGACAUCAUUAUAGGACUUUUCUCCAUUCCUUUUCAGUUUCAAGCGGCGUUAUUACAACGUUGGGUCCUACCCGCUUUCAUGUGCGCUUUCUGUCCCUUUGUCCAGACUCUGUCUGUGAAUGUCAGUAUUUUCACUUUGACGGCUAUUGCCCUGGAUAGGUACCGUGCCGUAAUGUUUCCUCUCAAAGCUCGGACUACGAAACUGAGGGCUAAGUUUGUUAUCCUGGGUAUAUGGGCAUUUGCCGCGGCAGCAAGUGUACCCUACGCGUUGGCUUUAAGAGUAACCUACGUAUAUGAUUCCGCAACAGGAAACUAUACCAAACCCUUUUGUAACAACGUGGGCAUUCCUAAGGUUAUCUGGAAAACUUACAACCCCAUGCUGGUGUGCUUGCAGUAUUUCUUUCCACUGUUUGUCAUCAGUUACGCAUACGGUCGUAUGAGCCUGAAACUGAAAGAUGCUCAAGCUCCCGGGAAUGCGGAAGGAGCUCGUGAUGCGGGAAUCCUUCGUAAUAAAAGAAAGGUCAUCAAAAUGCUUGCUAUCGUUGUUGCCCUCUUCUCCUUCUGCUGGCUACCAUUUCAAAGUUACAACCUACUGCAGGAGAUAUUCCCACAAAUUAAUAACUAUAAGUAUAUUAACGUCAUAUGGUUUUGCUGUCAUUGGCUUGCCAUGAGUAAUUCCUGUUACAAUCCGUUUAUAUACGCCAUCUACAAUGAAAGGUUCAAACGGGAGUUUCGACACAAGUUUCACAGGAACAGUCACAGGAGACGACGACAGCAGCAGUUCUUCGAGCUAGAUAAUUCCAAUACCAUGGUUCUAUCCGUGCGCCAGUCAAUCCGGGUAUCAAGAAUUGAACAAAGUGUCUGUCAUUUCAGUACCGCUUUAUAA